AUGCCUCGUGGAGAACUUGACCGCCAGCGCAUCGCGCAGGCCGCCAAACGAGCCAAACAAGAAGUCCAUUUCUCUGAUGGGAAGUUCCUUCAUCAUUACCCCAAAGACCCCAAGAAGGGACAGAGCUUGAUCGCUGACACUGAUGACCGCGUCCCUGAGGUUUCGGAUAUUCCUUAA